AGUCAUAUGACCGACUAGAGUUUUUGGUCGCAGUGUGGAUGAGCUGGAGAGAGCAUUUCCGCCUUUAGCUCUGUGUCUGUUUUUGUUUUUAUCGAUUUACUUCGAGGCUCCACUUUAAACCUCGGUGUUAACUCUCUCUCUGUCGGAGGAAAGCAGAAGUUUUCAGGACUUGAAUCAAACAUGGAAACAGGAAGCCGGCUCGCUGCACUGUCGUUACUUCUCUCCGCUGUGUUGUCUCUCUGUGUUUGUGGCAAUAUCCCUGAACCGAUUAACCCUUUGGUGUACGAGGAGCAGCUGCUGUGGGUGAGCGGAGCCCAGGGGCAGGUGAACACCUACAGGAUCCCCCUGCUCACCUUCACCCCCAAAGGAAGCCUGCUGGCCUUCGCAGAGGGCAGGAAGUCUUCGGCCAGCGACGUGGGAGCAAAGGUCAUCGCAAUGCGGCGGUCCACAGACAAAGGAGCCACCUGGUCCCCGACCACCUUUAUCGUCGACGAUGGUUUGCAGCCGGACGGCCUGAACCUGGGCUCGGUGGUGGUGGACGAGGAGGUGGGCUCGGUGAUUCUGAUCUACAGCAUCUGCUUCCACCUCUACCUCUGCCAUCCGGCCAGCACCAUGAUGGUAGAGAGCAUUGACGACGGUCUGAGCUGGAGCAAGCCAAGAAACCUCUCGGUCCAGCUCGGAGUCAAAAACUUUGCUGCCGGGCCGGGCUUCGGCAUCCAGAAGCGCUACAACCCAGCUAAGGGGAGGCUGGUGGUGUGCGGUCAUGGUACAAUCGAGGGAGAUGGAGUUUUCUGCAUCUUGAGUGACGACCAUGGACUUAACUGGUACAACGGUGCCGCACUGAAAAGCAUCCCUUACAACCAGCAGAAGAGACCACAGGACUUCAACCCUGACGAGUGCCAGCCGUUUGAGAUGACUGACGGCAGCAUCGUCAUCAACGUGCGGAACCAGAACCACUACCACUGUCGGUGUCGCGUGGUGGUACGAAGCUAUGACGGUGGAUUGUCCCUGCCCUUGGAAGAUCUGUACUUUGACUAUGAGCUGGUGGAUUCUGCAGUAGCAGCUGGAGCUCUGCAGAAAGACGACGUCCUCUACUUCACCAACCCGUCCAAUGAUUACAACAGAGUUAACCUGACCUUACGUUGGUCGGUGACUCAUGGGAAAUCUUGGGAGAACAAAGCUAUGCAGAUAUGGGCGGGGCCAAGCGGCUACUCCUGUAUGACAUCACUGAACAGCGGCUCCCCAGAGGACCAGAAGUACAUCUUUGUCAUCUACGAGAAGGGCCACAAGGUCUAUGACGAAACCGUCUCGUUCGUCAAGAUCCACCUGUACGGUGGCCGGUAGAGCAUGUGAGAGAGAGAUUCAAAUGUUGGAGGAAAAAAGGGAAACAGGAAGAUGUCAGACUCCCACGGCUUUCUCAGGAUGAACAUAAAAGACUUUUUAAACUCACUCUACGCUAUGAAAUAUGGGGAAAAUGAGAGGCUCAGCACCACGAAUGUCCGACAGUUUGUGUUCAGCCUGUGAUGAACCAAUCCAAAAAAUAUAUGCCGGAUAAGUCCGAUGUGUCCGGAUAAAUGUGUUUUUGUUAGAAAAUUUGCACAGCCCCAAUAUUUUAUUACUUCCCUGUUCUUACAUAAAAGAAGAUAUGACCGAGAUAAAUGUUGAGGAUUAUUUAGUACACUAGUUUCCAAGCAACUUCCUGUCAUCUAUGAACUAUAAUCUGUAAGCAAUGAUGAUGAUACCAUACUAAAGUAUGGCCGAUCAAUUAUCACCAAUUCACCUCACAAACUGUCAGAUUCACUGUAUACUUGGCGCUGGUGUGAAAUUUCUUCUUUUGGCUCGGACACUUGCUGAACGGGGCAUACUUCCAAAUGGAAUUAUGAGUUUUGCCUUUAUUAAGAUGUGAAUAUUCCAUGAAUACAUGCUGAUUGAAAUUGGUUCUGCCUUUGUAAACCCAGAAAUUAUGUAAAAUAAUGUUAAUAACCUUUUUUUGUUAUGAGACUGCCCUUAAAUGCUAUUUCCAAUUGAGUGGUAUGAGAAAAACAAUAGAUGUACUUAAAUAAAAAAGAGGUGUGUGUGUGUGUGAUUGGAUGUGAGAGUGAAGAGGUAAAUACGUAAUGUAGCCAAAGUACUCUGGUAUUUUGUAAUCAAUCUGAACUCCUCAGAUUUUGAUGUUUUAUUUUGAAGAGUGGCCAUUUAUGCUCCAUAUUACCAGCACAGAGAUACAUUGUUUCCCUGCAGGACUUUAUCUGAUCUGUACUAUCUGCAGAGUAAAUAUGUGAUUUCUAACAAUUGUACACCCUUUAAUUUGUCAGGCACUGAGCUGAUUUCCAACGCAGUUCAUGAUUCAUAAAGAAAUAUCAGAGAUUUACAGUUGACAAAUCUACAUUGACUUUCUAUAAAUAUCACUCUUUAUAAAUGUCAGCUGAAGGUUUUCCUGUGAAGAAGAGUUUCUUUCUUUUUUUUUUAUUUACCCACUUGUUUUACUUGAAAUAUUGUUUUGGGACUCCUUACAAAAUAAACAAUUAAACUUCA